AGACCUUGCAAUAUGUGAAAAAUUUAUCAAGGAAGAGUUGAACAGAUUACUUCAACAAGGGCUCAUUAAAGUUUCUUAUAGUCCUUGGACCUCUUCUGUAUUAGUUGUUGGCAAGGCUAAUAGAAAGUUUAGACUUGUAAUUGACUAUUGUCAAUUGAAUAAAGUAACUAAGUCAGAUACAUACUCCCUACCUUGUAUUGCUGAUAUGAUUGAUGCUUUGGCUCAUA